AUGGCUGACCCCGAGGAUGGAGAUGAUCUCUUUGCUGAUCUCUACGAUGCUGACGAUUCCACCAACCGUACUACUGCAGCAGUCGAGGCGCCAAAGCCUACUGAUGUAGGCGCGACCAACCUUGCACCUGCUGGAGACUCUGCUGGGCAGGAUGUCGCUCUUGCCCCUGUUGGCACGUAUGAAUCGCACCCUGCCCAGCCUUCGGAGUUCGACCCGGGUUAUAACAAUAGCUCCGGAAACGCUUAUGGCGCCCCUGCUACUACCCAGGCACCCCCUCCUGCCGAGACCGAGUCUCACGGAACAGGGAUCAAAGAAGACGGGUAA